AGUCCACUAGCAAGGCAUUUGGGGGUACUGGAGUAGCAGCCCGCGAGCCUCCUCUCCCUCCUGGACCACCAGGCUGUGACACCCCCCAUCCUGAGACCUCGCCCAGGACAGGAGCUGUCAAUGGGUUGCACCAAAUCUGGGUGGAAGUCCCCGGGACUGUGGGUCCCUGUGCUGGCCAGCCUUCUGCUGGGAGGCUGCGGAGCACACCCCAUCCCUGACUCCAGCCCCCUCCUCCAAUUCGGGGGCCAAGUCCGGCAGCGAUACCUCUAUACGGAUGACGCCCAGACCACCGAGGCCCACCUGGAGAUCAGAGCGGAUGGCACAGUGGGGGGCGUCGCCCACCAGAGCCCAGAGAGCCUCUUGGAGCUGAAAGCCUUGAAGCCCGGCAUCAUUCAGAUCUUGGGAGUCACGACCUCCCGCUUCCUGUGCCAAGGGCCUGAUGGGGUGCUGUACGGAUCGCUCCAUUUCGACCCAGCCGCCUGCAGCUUCCGGGAGAAGCUUCUAGAAGACGGAUACAACGUGUACCACUCUGAGACCCACGGCCUCCCCCUCCGCCUCCCACCCCGUGGGGGCGACCCCUCUUCUCAGACCUGGGCCGCCCGCUUCCUGCCGCUGCCGGGCCAGCUCCCACAACUCCAAGAGACGCCAGGGGUCCUCGCCCCCGAACCCCCCGACGUGGGCUCUUCAGACCCCCUGAGCAUGGUGGGGCCUUGGCGAGGGCAAAGUCCCAGUUAUGCCUCCUGAAGGCACCCGUGGGUUCUGACCCUGACCCCCACUGUUUAUUUAUUGGGUUAUUUAUGUUAUUUAUUUUUUUAUUCCCUCCCCCACCCCUUUUUUUAUUUGGGAUAAUAAAGAAUUGGGAGA